CAUGCUUCAAGAUUCCAUGGCUGCGUUGUAGUCAGAUGAUGUUACUAAGCUUUGACAGUUAUAACCACAUUGCAUAGCUAAGUCUUAUCGUUGAUAAACAAAAGAGUGGAUACACCUCCUUACCCCCUGCAUUGAAUGGACUUGCCUCCUGAAUUACACGCAAGUACUAGCUAGAAAUAGCUCACUUCCAUCAAAGCGAGGACCUAGCUCUCGACGAGAAAAAUGGCAGAAGGCGAAGUGACGAGUUCAACCGUGGAGAAAUACGACUUUGUAAUAUUUGGGGCUACUGGAUUCACGGGUAAAUAUGUUGUAGAAGAGGUAGCUAGAAUCGCGGAUGAAGAGCCGGGGUUGACAUGGGCCAUCGCGGGUAGAAGCAUGGAAAAGCUCCAGGCUGUCUUGGAAGCGGCGUCAAAACACACGGAGAAGAACCUGUCCCAGGCCCCUAUCCUGAUUGCUGACAUCAACAGUGAGCAGUCGCUGUUAGCCAUGUGUAAGCAGGCCAGGGUGCUGCUCAACUGCGUUGGACCGUACCGUUUCUAUGGCGAUCAGGUGGUUCGUGCAUGCAUUGAGGCUGGGGCCAAUCACAUUGACAUCAGUGGGGAGCCUCAGUUUCUGGAAAAGACACAGUUGCUGUACAAUGGCAAAGCGAAGGAAGUGGGCGUGUACAUGGUGGGAGCGUGCGGCUUUGACAGUAUCCCUGCAGACAUGGGAACAGUCUACACACAGCAGAAGUUUGAAGGGGAUCUGAAUCAUGUGGAGAGUUUUGUGAACAUCCAUUCUGGACCAGAGGGAAUAGCCGGACAUUUUGCAACAUUUGAGUCAGCUGUCCAUGGAUUUGCUCAUGCAUCUGAAUUGAAAGAUUUGCGGAAACAGCUCCACCCAACACCAGUCCCAAGGAGCAAUCACAAGAUGCCCAAAAGAUCGACGAUAUUUGAAAGCAAGGAGGCUAACAGUCAUUGUGUGCCAUUUCCUGGCAGUGACCGGUCCGUGGUCAAUCGUUCACAGAGAUACUUCUAUGAGAAGAAGAAGCUAAGGCCUGUGCAAUUCAAUGCAUACUUCUGCAGACCGAGCUACUGGAGUGCUGUGCUGACGGUCAUCGCAGGAGUUAUCUUUGGUGUUUUUGCCUCCUUCAGCCUUGGUAGAACUCUGCUUCUAAAGUUUCCAAGUUUGUUCUCUUUUGGGAUUUUCAGUCAUCAAGGGCCAACAAAAAAGCAGAUUGAUGGAACAACAUUCUCCAUGACAUUUGUGGGGGAGGGGUUCAGUAAGGAGAUCUCUGACCCCGAUGUUCAGCAUGAGGAAGCCCCAGACAAGAGGAUAGUCACUAAGGUGGUGGGCCCAGAGCCAGGAUAUGUCACCACUCCAAUUUGUAUGGUACAGGCUGGCCUGGUUCUUCUGAAGGAGAAGAAUAAACUACCAUCUGGUGGUGGAGUCUUCAGCCCAGGUGCUGCCUUUGCUGAGACGACUUUGAUUGAGCGACUUGACAAACACAAUGUGAAAUUCCAAACUGUGGAAUGAUUGUGUUGACCGCGGGUCACGAGAGUCUUGUUUUAGCAUUAUAUAUCUCGUACUGACAAAGUUGUUAAUUCAUCUUUGUAUCCUAGGUAGUUUAAUAUGAUUGCACCUUCUAUUCAGCACACUUAUAUAUAGACACAGGUAACAAGCACUGGAGAUGUUACAACUAUUCUUGAGCUGCUUUAUGCUUUCCAAAAGUUUGAGCUGGAUAUUAAAACUUUCUGUGUGAAAUUUCUCAUUAGGCUUACAGUGAAUGUGCUAAGUGUAAAUGAGAUCAUGCAGUGUACUUUGCAGAAGUAAGAUUGUGUUUCACGUCUGGCUGUUUGCGGAAUUCUUGCUAAGCAUGUCUUGUGUUGACCAAAGUUUUUGUUAUGUUAAGCUAAAAUAUGAGCUAUAACUAGUAGAUAUAGUUUGAUACUGUGCAUCAAAAAGUUAAUUAGUGUUCUAAACAAAUUUUAAAAUUUCCACAUAAUUCUGUGAUGGAAACACUGUUUUUACGUUUUGUUGCUUAUAAGUUUUAUUUGUCCAGUGUUAGUGUGUUUGUGCUGUGGUGUUUAAGCUAUUUGGGGAUCAAAAACAAAGUGUUCUUUGUACAUUUUUAUGCACCUUGUAUGGUUCAAAUCUAAUAUAUCAGCUUUGUGCAAAGUGCCUUUUCUAGUUUGUAAAACAAAUUAAUUGUAGUGUUUUAGUGAAUUUAACUUAAAAUAUUAAGCUCACCUUAAUUUAUUCUUCUAUGAAUGUUCUUUGUUAUGUUGUCAUAUUGUUCUGUUUCAUGCCUCAGUGUAUCACUACUAGAACUUUUCUGUCAUACUGUUAUGCUAAUUUCAGAAACCUUAUGGUAUAAGUACAUGUACUUGUUAUGAUAAAUGGGAAAAACAUUGUGAUUAAUGUGAUAUCCCUAUAUCUGUGAUGGGAGGGGACCAGCUUGUGGGGUUAUGAAUUGCCCCAGUAAUUUGUGGUCAUGCCUGAUUUCAGGCCAGCUUUAACAGCGUGACAUGAUAUUCUAUCAAAUUAUCCUCCAGACUUCUGGGUGAAUUUGUUUGUUCCAUACCCAACCUCCCCUGUUCAUCCCGCCUCCCUGGGCCCAGGGGCAAGUUCCAUGAAACAUACCGGUACUUAGAUAAGCUUUUAACCACUGUGACAAAGUCUGCCAUAGAGAUAUGAAUUGCAGUUAGCUAAGAGCUGCUUAGCCCUUACAUUGUAAGUAUGCUUCAUGACUGACCCCAUGACCUACACAUUUACAACUACUAUGUUACCUUGUUUUCACAGUGGCAUUGUGGACCAUAUAUUUGGACUCAAUAACCGUUGGAUGUUUUAAAUUUAGAAUCCUAUUUAUUUAACAGUUUGCAUCAAUAUCAAAAUUCCUAAAAAUGAGAAAUUUCAGGGGGUAUUUUUCUUUCAAAAAAUAUCAAAUAAUGUAACCUGUAAUUUGUAAACCUUUCAGUCUGUAUAAAAUCAAGUGCCUGGUUUCGUGAAAAUUGGAUUUUAUGUUCUAGAACCCUUUUAUGCUA